AUGUCGGGCACCGUUGCACCGCAAGUAACCUUAUUGAUGGGCACCAGUACUAAGCCGACUGUCCCUCAUAUCAGUGAAGGCGAUGAGGUGUUCAUGAAGUGCCAAAUCAAUGCCAAUCCGCACACAUAUGUCAUCCAAUUCUUCUUCAAUGGCACACAAAUUGUCGACAAUUCUGACGGGGUGUUCAUUAAUAACUCAAGUCUUGUGAUCAAAAGCGUGCGCCGACACCACUCGGGACGCUACCAGUGCUUCGCUAAUAACUCGGAAGGAAGGGGUGAUAGCAACGAGUUAUCCAUAUUUGUCACCUACGCGCCGGUAUGUCAGACCCAUAAGCGGGUGUUUGGGGCGGCGUUGGGCGAGAAGGUGAAGAUCCAGUGCCGGGUGGGCGCCGAACCCCCGGACGUGGCGUUCCAGUGGACGGUCAACAACAACGAGCUGUUGGGUAGCUUCCAGUCCUUCGGGUUGGAGUCGACCCUAACAUUCGUACCGAAAACCAAACGCGACUUCGGAGUUGUGGCCUGUCGUGCGAAAAACGGCGCCGGCGUUCAGCGCGACCCCUGCGUCUUCUCGGUGGUCGCCGCCGGCAUCCCGUCCCCCGUCACCGGCUGUCUGGUCGUCAACCAGACCUCGUCGUCGAUACUCAUCGACUGUAUUAGCGGUGAUGACGGAGGACUGGAACAGGCUUUCCAUUUGGAGCUGUAUGAGGGCUACGGACAGCGCCGUAUGGUUUCCAAUCACAGUCAGAAGCAUAGGGCUGAGUUCAAGCUAACCGGCCUCUCGUCGGGUACGCAGUAUUUGGCGGUUAUAUACGCGUCUAAUGGGAAGGGCAGGAGUGCGCCCAUUGAGCUAACGGUGCCCACACUGGCGCUACUUAACCGCAAAUUUGUAGCGGACAGUCCGCACACCGACGAUAUUAGUAUAGUGUUGGCGGCGGCGUUAGGCAUGGGAUUAGCGAAAGGAGUCGUCGGAAAAGCACUGCAGAGACCGGCGAUUGAGUGCUAAGUAAGUCAUUGAGAGUUAAUUAGUAGUACACUUAAAUAGUAUUGUAUUUUAUAUCAAAUAACUUUAUCUCUCUCUCUCUCUCUCUCUCACUCACUCACUCACUCACACUCUCCCGACACCAGUAGUGAUGACAUGUAUGGCACGAAUGGGUCUAAAGAAGACUUGACUGAAAUGCUGGACUCGACGGACGGCCGCAAGAAUCCGGACGUAAUUCCGCCGAUUGAUGGCUACUCUGUGGCCAUAAUGGCCGACAAAGAGACUACCGGUGCUGUCAUUGUGGCGACCGAUGCCGAUCAUCUAACCGACCAAAUCGUGUUCACCACCUUAACGCCCGACCCUAUCGUCAACUUUAUUAACUCAUCGGCGACGGCACCGGCAGAUGAGACCAAAACACUGCACCGGCAAAGGGUGUUCCCCCUCUCGACUCCCGUUUGAUAGGAAUAUAAUAUAUUUUUGAGACAAAAACGACUGGAAAUAUAUGCUAUUUAUGACAC